GCUCAUGCUGAAAAAGAAGACUACUUGGACUUUGUACUCUGGAGUGAUGAGACCAAGAUAAAUGUUUUUGGAACUGAUGGCUUAAAACUGUAUGGCAUUGCAAAGGUGAGGAGUACAAUGACAAAUGCAUGGUGCCUGCAGUGAAACAUCAUGGUGACAGUGUCCUUCUGUGGGGUUGCAUGAGUGCUGCUAGUGUUGGGGAGCUGCAUUUCAUUGAUGGUAUCAUGAAUUUACAGAUGAACUGCUCUAUAUUGAAAAAGAAGUUUUCCAACAUGCCAAUGAUCCAAAACACAUCUAAGGCCACUGUUGCAUUU